AUGCCUUCUUCAUCACAUAGUACGAUGCAGCCACGAUCAUGGCAUAGUGUUGCCGCCUAUACGAUAUUCAUGAUCUAUGGGCUGGUCUAUCUUGGGAGCUGGAAUACCUGGAUUACGGCAAAUGGAUUCUUCAAGUCUCGCUUUACAGGAUCCAUUUUCGCUGAUACCUUCAUGUCUUACUUCGCUAUUUGUUAUAUGGUCGUCAUGUUUGCUUGUCUGACACUAUUCCUCGCAAAACCAAACGCAAUCGCACUAAACGCUCGUGUCAUCAUCGGGCAUACCCUCAUCAUCCUCAUAUUCUCGGCUGCUGCUAUAAUGGCUCUACUAUCUCUAGAUCCUUACGUCUACUUCUUCUUGACAUUGUGUCUGAUUGUCUUGUCGUCUGUUGCGACGUCGUUUCAGGCUGCUGCUUACGGAAUUUUACCGUUAUACCCUCCGAUAUACUCAUCCGCAUUCAUGAGUGGACAAGGAUUAGCUGGUCUUAUUCCAAGUCUGGUCCAACUAGCACUGACAGCAUCAAGUGUGAACGCAGGCACAGACUCGUAUAGAGCAUUCGCAUACUUCUUCCUAACGAUAUUCUUGGCGACUGGUGUCAUGAUUGGAUACCAAAAGCUGCUGCCAAACUUGCCUGUAAAGCGGUCUAUAGAGUAUCAGCAGGCAAAUACAGAAGACCACGAGGACGACGAUGUCGCAAGUGAUAUCGAUAUUAUAGAUGAAGGGGAUAUCGUAAACCCAUCAACGAGUAGUAUAGGAGUAGGAAAGGACAAACUAUACUGGCCUGUCUUCCAAAAGGUAUACCUGCUCGGUGGAUCGCUAUGGCUCGGAUUCGUUAUAACGCUGGCCUCAUUCCCUGCUAUCACAUCCGCCGUCGAAUCAACAUCAUCAAACACCCUUCUCGUACCAAUCCAUUUCGUAAUAUUCAACCUCUUUGACCUGCUCGGUAAAACACUGCCCGGAUGCCCAUCUCUCUUUAUAAAAUCGCCUACAAUCCUCUUCAUACUAUCCGUUGCCCGACUAGUCUUCCCACCCGCAUUCCUCUUAUGUAAUGUCACAUUCCACGACCGCUUUGGAAACAUACUGGGCAGGACGCUGCCGCUCGUGUUUGGUAAAGACUGGAUGUUUCUGGGUAUAACGGCCGCGUUUGCGCUCUCCAACGGAUAUGUCGAUGCUGCUUGUAUCAUGGCUGCUCCGUUGCUGAUACCUGAUGGACCAAGGAGGGAGGAUGGAGAUGAUGAGGAAGAUGAUGGUAGACCAACAGCACGAAUACAACGGGAAGGCGCAGGAGCUUUCAUGGUUGCUUGUAUUAGUUGUGGAUUGUUGGUGGGCAGUAUGAGCAGUUUCUUGUUGAGGUACUUGUUGUGUAAUUGUAAUCCAUUCUAUAGUUAG